UGCCGGCCAUGUUAAAAAUGUUUGAGUAAACAAACCCUAAACGGAGCUCCCGUGUCAGUCCUUCUUUCUAUAAUAUCGCAAGGAUAUUACAGAGAGUAAGGCUGAGAACUUCCUUAUUGCAGCAAGGGUGGAGUCUCAGCAGGAGGCUUGUUACACCCACGUUAUAGACAGUGUAGAGGACAGCAGAAAGGAAGCAGAGCUACACUCAACUGGUACUGGCCUCUGGUUCAGCAGCAACAGGAUGCUUUACACUGAGUUAUUAGAGCUGUGGGAUGAGUCUGUGCAGGCCAUGAAUAUCAAGGACUGGCAAGGAGCUCUGAACAAACUUGAGCAAAUUACUGAACCCACAUCUCGCACGCUGUUCAACACUGCUUCAGCUCACCUGGCUCUGGGACAACUGGACCUGGCCCUGCAGGCUUUAGACCUCACCAUAUGCAAGGAUGAACGACUUGCUAUUGCUUUCUUCCAGAGAGGAGCAGUGAUGAUGCAGAUUGACAGGUUAGAGGAGGCUCUGUCAGACUGUAUCUGGGCACAGGAACAUAUGAGAGGAAAUGUGGUUAUUGACUACAGACAACUGGGACUGCAAUUUAAACUGUACAGCUGGCAGGUUUUAUAUAAUACAGCAGCUGUGUACUGUCGAAUGGGCCAGUGGGAUCAGGCAAAUAAAGUUCUGCUGUCAGCCAAUCAAGAGAGAGGAGGCGGUCGAGGAGGAAACAUAGAGGUGGCCCUGGACAACAUCCUGAGGAAGGAGGUCCUAGUUCCUGUCCUGGUACCUGGGGGUGUGGUGUUUCGUCCCAAAAAAGAGGAUGUGAAGCAGCUUCAGCAGAGAGACUUUUUGGGCAAAGCAAAGGUGAUUUCCUCCAUGAUUCCCAAUGAUGAUUUUGGAGGCUUUGAACCUCUGAGGCCACAGAAACCUGGCUUCUAUGAGCCUAAGGUGGACGGAGCUCGGGAUUCUCGAUACAUGCGCCUAAGUGUACCUUACGUGGCUCAAGAGCAAGGACACCUGACUGUGCCGAGGGGGGCCGUUGUGUUCUUAUUAGCUGAGGAAGACAGGGAUGGGAUAGCAACCGUCAUAUAUGAUGGACAGAGAGGACUUCUGCCCGUGUCCGUGCUUGAACCAAUUGAUGUCAGGAUCUCCAAAGGCAAAAAGGAGAAUAAAUUUCCCAAUGGGAUUCCUUUCCCACCAGGACUCAUGCCACCAACACGACCACGUCCACCUAACCCCAACCCUGCACCUCCUCCUCGUGUGCAGUUCACCUCAGGCUCCCCACCUCCAUCCUACACUACUGCCACCCACAAGUCGCCUGCAUCAGAGCUACCCAACAUAACCAGCAACCAGACUGCCAGCUCAGCUCAGCUUGAAGAUGUGGGCUCUGUGGUGGUGAAGGUCCACUACACGUACACUGUUGCUCUGUCUGUGCCUCUAAACGCACCAUACCAUGAGGUGAAGGAACAAAUUGCACACAAACUGGGCCAGCCCACAAAUCAACUGCGCCUCAGGCAUAAGCCACAUGGCUCCCAAGUGCUCAUACCAUUGAGUGGAGAGGUGGAAUCAGGUCCCAUGAUGCAGGAUGUGGCUGAGGGUGGCCGAGUCACCCUAUGGUGUCAGAAAGAAGACCCGCUGACCAACUAUACCAUCCUGUACCAGAUGGUGGCACUGUAUGACUAUAUGGCUCAGGGUCCAGAGGACUUGGAGUUCAGUGAAGGUGACACUAUUGACAUCUUGGGUGAAGUUAAUGAAGAAUGGCUGGAGGGACAUUGUGCAGGAACUACUGGCAUCUUCCCCAGCAGCUUCGCCUACAGGGAAAAUGCCAACAUCAACCGGGGCCAAGCCAAAGAGGAAGAUGAUUUACAGUAUAGUAGCAUUUAAUAAACCUGAUUAUGUUAUUUUAUGUUUAUCGUGAUACAGCAUCACUUUAAUAAUAAUAUAGAGGGCGAGAAUGUCUAUUCUGAGGUGUAUCUUUACAUUAAAUCUGCUGUUAUUUCCCUGCAGUGUUCUACUGUAAAUCCUAUGAAAUCACUAUAGUCCAGUGGAACGGUUCAGUUUGGUACAGUAUAUAUUUUUGGGGAAUAACUCCAGAAUAACCAGCCCCAACCUUUUCAUUUUUGACACAGCUUCCCUUGGAACGCCAGAGUAAAGUGGUAUGGGUGGGUGACAGAAAAAUGAAAAUCUGACUAAUGUUUCUUCAGUGCCCACAGUCUAUUCUCAUACAGUGCUUGAUGUCUAGCUGAGGCAAACAGCCACAAACUGAGCAGGAAAAAAGAGCUGCUAGAUGUGGCAUUGUUGUCUGUUGUGUCACGUUCGAUGUUGGCAUUCCCUGCUGUAGCAACGGUAUGGGUCCGUGUAUCUUUUGGUCAUUCGAUUUUCAAGUCAAUUCAAUUCAAUUCAAUUAUAUUUGUAUAUGAUGCACAGCCCACACGUCAUCUACCAAGUAAAAUAAAGGUACUGAUAUCAGUCAAAACAAAUUUACCAUUUACCAAUUCCAAACUGUACCAAGCUGAACUGCAACAUAAUGGAAACACUACUUUUUGAUGUUCAAGUUAUACUUGUGAUGUACUGUAUACAUUUCUGAUAUUGUUUAUCAUUUCGAGAGGUUUAUAAUACCUCGGGGUCUUAUUGAAUAUGUUUUCUGAAUCUCAGUGUUUCCUGAGAAUUGUUGAAUUUUAAAAGAUAAUAUGUUUAAAAACUGACUGACUGAUUGCUGAUUUUGCUUAAUAGCAAAAACAGCUAAAAAAUCAGAUAUAUUUAAACAUCCAUCCAUUUUCUACCGCUUUAUCCUCCACAUGAGGAUAAAUGCUAAUAUUUACGUUAAAAAAAUUAAUGAAAAAAAUAUGAGAAGUAUUAAAAUGAGGUGUGUCCUGAUUAGGCAGUGUAGUACUUUGGUCCUUCACUGAUUUCAAGUCAUUUUUUAUACUUUAUACUUUUUUUCAUUAAUUUUUUAAUGUAAAUAUUAGCAUUUUAGCUCAAUAGCUUCCAGGUCAUGUUACCUAAUGACUUGAAAUAUAAAUAAUACUUCUCAUAUGUUUCAUAAAGUUUUAAUGUAAAUAUUAGCAUUUUAAUAUGGGGUUAAAUUUGUUCCAAUAAUAUUUGGAUAUGUGCAGAGGGUGAUCCACAUGUAUUUCUUGAUUUGCAUGCAUGUUUUGAGAUCCACAAAUAGAAAAAAUCACAUUUGUAACUUGUAUAUUGAUUUUUACAAAUAUAGAUGUGUAUUUGUAAAUUAAAUGACAUUUGUAAAACUGAAAA